AUGCGUAUACAGAAGGCAGCAGCAGCAGCAGCAACAGCAGCAGCAGCAGCAGCAACACGUGCUGCUGCUGCUUCUGCGGCAGUUAUGCAUGCGCUGCUGCUCCUCAUGCUGCUGCUCGGGGCUUGCUGCUGCUGCACAGCUCAUCCGCUGCUGCAGCAGCAGCAACUGCAGCAGCAGCAAAUACCUUCCAUGCAGACAGCAGCAGCAACAACAGCAGCAACAACAGCAGCAGCAUCAACAGCAGCAGCAGCACCAACAGCACCAGCAGCAGCAGCAUUCCUUCUCCGACAGCCAGAGUUCCCGUGGCGUCUGUGCAGCAGCUGCUCACCCCGCAGCAGCAGCAGCAGCAGCAGCAGCAGCAGCGGCAGCAGCAACUUGCAGUGUUCUGCUUCGACUCUAAGGACGUCUAGGGCUCUUCUUCUGAGACCCUCAUCAGCAGCAGCAGCAACAGCAGCAGCAGCAGCAGGAAAAAGAGGGGCCCCACGCUACUGCAGCAAAGAAGCAGCAGCAACUGCAGCAGCAACUGCAGCAGAAGAUGCAGCAGCAACUGCAGCAGGAGUUCCCGCUGCUGCUGUAUACCCUCCUGCUGCUUGGGCAACACAGCCACCUGUACCCCUCUCUGCUGCAGCAGCAGCAGCAGCAGCAGCAGCAGCAGCAGAUUCAUCAGUUGAUGCUUUCUCCCCUUUCCAUCAGCACGCGCUGUUGCAGCUGCAGCAGCAGCAGCAACAGCUGCACCAGCACGAGCAGCUGCAGCAGCAGAUACAGCAGCAACUGCAGCAGCAGCAACUGCAGCAGCAGCAGCAGCAGCAGCAGCAGCAGCAGAGGUCUCGGAGACGCAAAGCAUACCAACAGAAGACAGCUGAAGCCGCUGCUGCAGCAGCAGCAGCAACUGCAGCAGCAGCAGCAGCAGCAGGAACUGCGGGUGUGAAGGGUACGCCAGGGGCCCCUCCUUUGGCUGCGCUGCUGCCAGGCGUAGGGGGCCCCCCAGCAGCAGCAGAAGCAGCAAGAGCAGCAGCAGCAGCAAUGUGCUGGUGGGGGGCCCCCAAGGAUUCACUGCCUGCAGCAGCAGCAGCAGCAGCAGCAACAAAGACAGCAAAAGAUGCAGCGCUAGAGAUACAGAAGGAGAAGAGACUCGGGCUGCAGAUUGCUGCUGCUGCUGUUGCUGCUGCUGCUGCUUGGAGACUCCUCGCGUACUUCAGGGCCCAGGUAUCUGAACGCCGUCGCGUUGAGGCUGCCUUGAAGGCCUACAAGGAGGAGGAGGAGGCCUUCGUUCGUUACGGUCAUAACAGGGGGCCCCCCGGGGGCCCCCGGGGCCCCCCAGGAGGGGGCCCCCCAGGGGGGGCCCCCUCGUCAGAUGACGUCUUCUUUUAA